CUAUCUAAGGCCUUUUCCCAUUACCUACUUAUUCUGAUUCUAUACCAUUUUACCUGCUUAUGUUUUGUUUUAGGUGAAGAAUGUCAGAAAAUAUGGAGUAAUAUACGUAAUAAUUUUAGGAAAGCUCUGAAUAACAGAAAAACAAAGAGUGGUGACCCGUACACAAAGCGACGCCCUAUCAAGUUUGAAAAAGAGCUGGAGUUUUUGAAAAAAAUCAUUCAGCACAGAAAACAAACCUCGAAUUUGGACUCCUCUUCAGAGGAUACGCAGACUUCUUUUGCAGAAUCCGCUGUCGUUGAUAGCGAUGAACGUUCAGUUUCGCGAAUGACCAAUGAUUCACACCAUUCCUCAAUAAUACCAGAACCUACAACAACUGCUGAAAUACUAAAUAAAUAUAUUGAAUCGAAAAAGGAGGUGGACGCCAUUGAUUCGUUCUUUCAAACAAUGGCUGCCACAGUAAAAAAGCUACCAAAAAGAGAGCAGGUCCGAAUAAAGAGACAAAUAUUUAAUAUGGUAACUGACGCCGAAUUAAACUACAUAGAGGGAACUCCAGCUCCAACAUCUGAAGAUGUCUCUACCAAUUUGCAACAUCAACGACCAUGCCGUACCGCUUUUACUUCAAGAUCUGGCUGUGGAACCGCGGCAGGCUUGGGCUAUGAAGCUGUAUCAGGAUCUGGCUAUGAAACCACCUCAAGAUCUGGCUAUGAAACCACCUCAAGAUCUGGCUAUGAAGCAGCUUCGGGGUCUGACUUUGGAACCGCCUCAGGCUCCGGUUAUGAAGCAGCUUCGGGGUCUGGCUUUGGAACUGCCUCAGGCUCUGGUUAUGAAGCAGCUUCGGGGUCUGGCUUUGGAACCGCCUUAGGUUCUGGCUAUGAACCUGCUUCACGGUCUGGUUAUGAAACCGCCUCGGGCCCUGGCUAUGAAGCUGCUUCAGGGUCUGGCUACAAAACUGCAGUUUCUGAAUACGAAACUAAUCUAAACUAGUAGGUACUCUAAAUUAAGUAAAAAGAAAUAAAGAUCCAGGAAUUAUCAGUGAGAAGAUUUAUCAGUGCAAAAACAUAAAAAUCGUUAUUAUGUGUCUACAAUUCAUGAUUGUAUUUGGCAAAAAAAAUUGUUUUUUUAAUUAAAUAAAAGAAGAAAAUAUU